AUGUCGCAGGAAAGAGAGAAAGGCUCUCCUGCCGACACCACCCAACAACCCCUCUCACAACCUGCUCAUAGUCUCUCGUUUGAAGAUGUUAUCACAGAGCUCGGCACGAACUCCGAUGAUGGAUUGACCUCGGCGGAAGUCAAACAAAGACUGGAGAAAUAUGGCGAAAACAUGCUCGAAGGAGAUGAGGGUGUUUCUCUAGCCAAGAUCGUCAUCCGGCAGAUCGCCAAUGCCAUGAUGCUGGUCCUGAUCAUUGCUAUGGCCGUCAGUUUCGGCAUUCAGUCGUGGAUUGAAGGUGGUUUCAUUGCUGCCGUCAUCGGUUUGAACAUUGUCGUGGGAGUAUACCAGGACUACGCAGCGGAGAAAACCAUGGAUUCGUUGCGAUCCCUCAGUUCCCCCACCGGUGUAGUCUCCCGUGAUGGCAAGACCUCGACUGUUGCCGCAAAUGAAAUCGUUCCCGGUGACAUGGUCGAAUUGAAGGUCGGAGACACUGUUCCCGCCGAUGUCCGCCUUGUUGAAGCCUUCAACUUCGAAACCGAUGAAGCCCUCUUGACCGGCGAAUCCCUACCAGUACAGAAAGAAGCCGAAAGCAUCUUCGAUGUCGAAACCGGCCCCGGAGAUAGACUGAACAUCGCCUACAGCUCCUCAACCGUAACCCGAGGCCGAGCCCGCGGUGUUGUCGUCGGAACUGGUAUGCGCACCGAAAUCGGAGCCAUUGCACAGGCUCUCCGCGGAACUGAUUCCAAGCGUCGACCCGUCAAGCGCGGACCCGAGGGCGAGACAAAGAAGCGAUGGUACGUCCAGGCCUGGACUUUGACAACCACCGAUGCCAUUGGUCGGUUCUUGGGUACCAAUGUUGGAACACCGCUGCAACGCAAGCUGUCCAAGCUGGCUCUUCUCCUAUUUGCCAUCGCUGUGAUUUUUGCGAUUGUUGUCGCUGGCUCAAACAAUUGGCGCGGAGAUAGUGAAGUCAUCAUUUAUGCGGUCGCCACUGGUUUGGCUAUGAUUCCAGCUUGUUUGGUUGUUGUCUUGACUAUUACUAUGGCCGUUGGCACGAAGCAGAUGGUUCAGCGAAACGUCAUUGUUCGGAAGCUUGAUUCUCUGGAGGCGCUGGGUGCUGUCACCAACAUUUGUUCCGACAAGACUGGUACUCUCACACAGGGCCGUAUGGUUGCUAAGCGUGCAUGGAUUCCGUCACUGGGUACAUACUCUGUCGGUGCUUCCAAUGAGCCUUUGAACCCUCGCGAUGGUGAUCUGAGCCUUGUGCCCGAGCCACCCAUCCGGGUGGGACAAGAUAAUCUCGGCGAGGUUGCGUCUCCUGAUGAUCUCCUGAAAGACAACGACACUCUCAAGGACUAUCUCGAUGUGGCCUCCAUGGCCAACUUGGCUCACAUCCACGAGACAGCUAACGAUGGAUGGCAAGCUCGAGGUGAGCCUACCGAUAUCGCUAUUCAAGUCUUCGCAUCUCGAUUCAACUGGGGUCUGGACCGCUGGACCAAGGGCGAGAAGCCCACCUGGGCUCAGAAGGCAGAGUACCCCUUCGACUCGAGCGUCAAGAAGAUGUCUGUCAUCUUUGCUAAACGCCAGGAGGGUUCGGAGCACAAGCGUGAGAUGAUUUUCACCAAGGGUGCUGUGGAGCGCGUCCUGGAAGCCUGCACUACCAUCAAAUGGAAGGCCAAUAAAGAGCCUGUCCCUAUUGAUGAUGACAUUAAAGACGAUAUCUUGAACAACAUGGAGGCCUUGGCCAAGGAAGGACUUCGAGUCCUCGCGUUGGCCGGUCGGGAAAACACCUCACCGGCAGCGGAAGGUGGUGACCCUCUCCCCCGAGAGGAGGUUGAGAAAAACCUCUCAUUCUACGGUCUCAUCGGUCUUUACGACCCCCCUCGUCCUGAGACAGCCGGCGCCAUUGCUCAAUGUUACAAGGCUGGCAUUUCUGUGCACAUGGUCACCGGUGAUCACCCGGGUACUGCCCGGGCUAUUGCCGCCCAGGUUGGAAUCAUCCCUGCAAACAUGGAUAUGAUCGCCAAGGAUGUCGCGGAUGCCAUGGUUAUGACAGCAUCCGAAUUCGACAGGUUGACCGAAGACGAAAUCGACAGCUUGCCCACCCUGCCAUUGGUAAUUGCUCGCUGUGCGCCUAACACUAAGGUCCGUAUGAUCGAUGCUCUGCACCGUCGCGGUCGCUAUGUCGCCAUGACCGGUGAUGGUGUCAAUGACUCCCCCUCGCUCAAGCGUGCCGAUGUGGGUAUUGCUAUGGGUCAGAACGGCUCUGAUGUGGCCAAGGAUGCCUCCGAGCUGGUUCUCUCCGAUGACAACUUCGCCUCCAUCAUCAACGGUAUCGAAGAAGGUCGUCGUAUCUUCGAUAACAUCCAGAAGUUCGUUUUGCAUCUUCUGGCUGAGAACGUUGCUUUGGCUUUGACUCUGCUCAUCGGUCUUGCUUUCAAGGACGAAAGUAACCAGUCCGUCUUCCCCAUUGCUCCUGUUGAAAUUAUCUGGAUCAUUAUGAUUACCUCCGGUCUUCCCGACAUGGGACUUGGAAUGGAAAUUGCCGCUCCGGAAGUUAUGGACCGCCCUCCCCAAAGUAAGCAAGGUAUCUUCACAUGGGAAAUCAUCAUCGACACCCUCGUCUACGGAGUCUGGAUGGCUGCCCUGUGUCUGUCAGCCUUUGCACUCGUCAUGUUCCGCUGGGGCGAUGGAAACCUCGCCACAGGCUGUAACACCCAGUACAACGACCCCAACAAACCCUACACUUGCGACACUGUCUUCCGAGCUCGUGCAACAACCUUCACCUGCAUGACCUGGUUCGCCCUAUUCCUCGCCUGGGAGAUGAUGAACCUCCGCCGCAGUUUCUUCCAAAUGCAACCCGACUCGAAGCGCUACUUCACCCAGUGGAUGCACGACAUCUGGCGCAACAAGUUCCUCUUCUUCGGAAUCAUGACUGGUUUUGUCCUUGCUUUCCCCAUCCUGUACAUCCCUGUUAUCAACCACAGCGUGUUCAAGCACAGCAGUAUCUCAUGGGAAUGGGGUAUUGUCUUUGUUGAGACUGUGCUGUUCUUCCUUGGCAUUGAGAGCUGGAAGUGGUGCAAGCGUGUCUACUUCCGUCGCCAGGCGCGCAAGGCUGCCGAGAAGGGCGAGCAGCCUGGUGGUGAGCGCCGUGGACUGAGAGAUUUCAGCCGCUACAACACUAUGGAUCGGUCUGACACCCAGGCCAGCGACAUGAAGGUCGAGCAAUCCAUGGUCUAG